GGCGGCGGCUCGGCGGCAGCUGGAGGUUGAGCCUCGGCGGCUGCGGCUGGGGAUGCCCCAGCGCGCGCGAUGGCCCCCGCCAUGCAGCCGGCCGAGAUCCAGUUCGCUCAGCGGCUGGCGUCCCACGAGAAGGGCAUCCGGGACCGGGCGGUGAAGAAGCUGCGCCAGUACCUCAGCGUGAAGACGCAGAGGGAGACAGGAGGUUUCAGUCAAGAAGAACUUCUAAAAAUAUGGAAAGGGCUCUUCUACUGCGUGUGGGUGCAGGACGAACCCCUUCUGCAGGAGGAGCUAGCGAACACUAUUUCCCAACUCAUCCAUGUUGUUAACAACUCAGAGGCUCAGCAUCUCUUCAUGCAGACGUUCUGGCAAACCGUGAAUCGAGAGUGGAAGGGGAUAGACAGGCUGUGCCUGGACAAGUACUACCUGCUGAUCCGUCUGGUCCUGAGGCAGUCCUUUGAAGUUCUGAAGCGAACUGGCUGGGAAGAAAGCCGAAUCAAGCUCUUUCUCGAUGUCUUGAUGAAGGAAAUCCUGCAUCCUGAGAGUCAGUCUCCUAAUGGAGUGAAAUUCCACUUCAUUAAUAUUUAUCUGGAUGAACUGUCCAAAGUGGGAGGGAAGGAGCUUUUGGCAGAUCAGAAUCUUAAGUUUAUUGAUCCAUUCUGCAAAAUUGCUGCCAAGACUAAGGACCAGACAUUGGUACAGACUAUAGCUAGGGGUGUUUUUGAAGUCAUUGUAGAUCAGUCUCCUUUUGUACCUGAAGAGACAGUGGAGGAACAGAAAUCCGAAGUGGGUGAUGGUGACUUCUCUGAAGACGACAUGCCUGAAAACGAGAUGACAUGGAGGAAAACCAUCAGUAAAAAGAAGACAGCCCUGGGCAGAUGUCACUCCGGAAAAGGUGGCGUUGGUGAUGAAGGUGAAAGAGAUGGUUGCCGAAGCUCGGAGAACACUGGGCCGCUUCUCCAGUUUGACUAUAAGGCUGUUGCUGACCGACUCCUGGAAAUAACCAGCAGGAAAAACAUCCCUCCCUUCAACAGGAAGCGUCUCUCCAGACUAAUCAAAAAAUUUCGAGGUCUCUCUGAAGGCAGUGUACCUCAACUCAGUUUUGCUGAGGAUGUUUCUGCUGAUGAGGAUGACCAAACCCUCAGUCAAGGAAGGCAUAAGAAAAAAGGAAGUAAACUUUUAGAGACAAGCAGCAUGGAGAGAGAGAAAGGAAACAGGUUCUUUCUUGCUGAGGAGGAAAAGAGUAAAAGCUGCAUUCAGAAGAGAAAAAGGAAAAAGAAGAAGAGGCGCCACCUCCAGCCUGCGAGCGCAGGGCCGGAGGGCGAGGCCGCGGCCCCAGAGCAGAAUGGGGGCAGUGGGCCAGAGGCAGGGCCGGGAGGAGCCCAGGAGGCCAGUGUGGCUGUGCCGCGGGCAGCAGCCCUGCCCAGCCCCCUGGGGCAGAGCAGCGUGGAGCACCCGCUAAUGCACAGCAGGAGGAAACGGCCGAGGAAGAGGAGCGCAGGGCUCCAGAGGGAGAGCACAGAAGUGGCAGCGUCGCCUCUGGAGGAUGUGUCUCAGGGUGGCCCCUGCAGUGCCCGUGCUCAGAGACCUGCCCCACAAGCCUCCCCAGCCGGCGGAGCCCCCGUCCUGAAGAAGCGGAAGCUCGGAGCGCUCCCAGUCAAUGGCCGUGGCCCGCCCACGCUGGCCUGGCCCCCGCCCCAGAAGGAGGGCCCUCUGGCGAACCCAGCAGACGGAGGGGCUUGCCCAGCCACCCUGCCCCAGGGCGGGAGACUGAAGAAGAAGAAGGGGGAGCCUGGCACCCUUAACCUCUAUGACCCGUCCAGUCAGAAAACUGCCAUCUUGAAAAAGAGGAAGAAAAUGAAAGAGAUGUCCAACUUGGUGGAACACAGUGGAGUGCUGGAAUCCGAAGUCAAGCUCAUCCGGGCUCUGGGCUCCCGUGGGGCUUUCGGCCCUUCGAAGAAGAAGAAGAUGAGGAGAGAGAAUGACUUUGUGAAGUUUGACGCCCCCUUCCUACCAAAGCCCCUGUUCUUCAGAAAAGCUAAGAGCAGCACUACCACCUCCUCUCCGAACCCUGCCGUGCAGCUGUACAAAACACCGUCCAGCUCCAAGAAGGUCACCUUCGGCCUGAACAGAAACAUGACUGCAGAAUUCAAGAAGACGGACAAGAGCAUCCUGGUCAGUCCCACAGGCCCCUCCCGAGUGGCCUUCAACCCUGAGCAGAGACCCCUCCAUGGGGUGCUGAAGACCCCCACGAGCUCACCUGCCAGCACCCCCCUGGGGACCAAGAAACCACUGAGCGCCACACCAAAGAGAAGGCCGACAGCUAUGGACUUCUUCUAGGGUCGUGACAGAGUCCUUUUAAAGACUGCUUUUUACAGAAUAUUCUAUAAAUUAUAACUUUAUGAAGGUGGGGCCUUUUUUAUUGUUUUAUAAAUUCCCAUAAAUUGUAUAUACGAGAUUUUGAGUGUGAGUUGUGAUACUGCUGCUUCUCUGUCCUUCCACCAGGGGCUGUGAGCAUCUUGGUUGAAGCUUUUGCUCUAAGCGGUGUUUGUGCCUGAGCUCACCACAUUCCACAUUUCGGGGUAGCUUCAGUGAUCCCCACGAGGGGCCUGAGAGCUGUGUGAACUGAGAGCACGCUGCCCAUCACUCUCAGUAGUGGGUGCUGGCGGCCCAGUCAGAGCUGGGAGGGGGCUCCUCGCCAGCCACCCGGUACACAAAGCUUUGGUGCUCGCUGCUGUGUUUGCCAUGCUAGGCUGGUUUUCUGGCUGUUUUUAGUCUAAGGGUCAUCUUUUUCUUUUAAAAAGCAUGUACGACUUCAUUCCCAUGUUCUGUGGGUGUUUGGUGUUUGUGAUACAGAAGAUUGUUGUAACCAAAUCAGCAAUACGGUAGUUUUUGUAUGCGUACUCAGCUGGGGGUGAACCUGCAAAUGGGGGCAGGGAGAGGGCCUCUGCCCUGGGGGCGUCUCUCCUGCCUUUGUCUUGUUUCCUUCCCCGUUUUCCUACCUCUCAGGCCAGCCCAAAGUGUCCUCACUGGGGAGAGCCAGCGCCCUCCUUGGCUUGCCCCUGGGGCUCCAGCCCCAGGGGCCGAGCACACUCCUCCCAGGUCAUUGGCCUCUGGAUGCUCUUUACAUAUGGAUGUUUGAGCCAGCGACCUAAAUGGCUGGCGUCUCCAAAAGCAGCUUUCCCAACUUCAGUUAAACUCACUUCUUUAGAAGUGUGGCAGCAGUGUUUGGAAACCUGAGUUCCUGCUGGAGGCAGAAUUAGCAGCCCUUAAUAUUGUUCGUGCAUAUUUAUUUGUUCAUAGCUACCUUUUAUCUGAAAUAUUGCAGCUUGCACAUACAGAUUUUUAUACAGUUCUAAUUUUAGUUAAUUACAAAAAGCGGGGGUGGAAGGCGCCCAGGCUUUAGUUGGAGAAACAGAAGUGCGACUUAGAGCAGUGCUCACUUGAUGACCUUGUUUCGGGAAGCUGCAUCUGUCCCUUGAGCCUGAGUGAUGGAGAGGAUGCAGAUGCAGAAAUCCAGCCACACGGUCACAGGCGAGCCGCUGGGCCGCUGGCUCUUUCCGGAGCGUCCACAAGAACAGAUCGCAGACCUAAAGGAGCUGCGUGACCUGGGGGACCCAUAGUUUUGGCUCACGGGUGCUCGGUGCGUCCCCAGCCUGCACUGCCCCAGGGACCUCGGGGCUCCUGAGCGUGAAAGCUGCUUCCCCGUUUGCUCCAGUUUCUCCCCAAAGCCCCGGCCAGCCCCUGCGCUGCUCCCAGCGGAGGAGCCCGGCAUCCCCGUGGUCCCGGCCUCGGCUGGGAGGACAGGGAGGCCCCUGGGCUGCAGCGCUGCGUCGACCUGACUGGUUUCCACCCACCUGAUGGGGGCCUCAUCUGCCGAGGCUGUGACUGGCCAGUCUGGGGUGUCAGUGGGCUGACUCGCGACGAAGACCCUGGGGAGAAGGGAGUGCGAGCUUUGUUCUGUCUGCUCUGCAAGGAAGUUCUGUCAGGAUUAGGCCUUGAAGAGAAAUCGUUAACAUCGGGCUGUUGAGCAGUCGUUGUCGCGAGAAGUCUCACUCGCAUGCAGGGCAGCUCUGUGGUGGUGCUCGCAUGGUUUCAGCAUGUGCGCCUGACACAGUGCUGACAGUCACUCCAAAACCAAAACCGAGGGCCUGAAAAGAUUAGAGUACGCGAGUAUUUUUAACUUUUUGUUAAAAAAAAAAAAUUUCAUUAUCCUUGGUCAAAUUAUUUUUCUAACAAUUUUUAUUUCAGCUUUAAAGAUGGGUCGUAUAGCCAACCGGGCCGUGUAAUCCAGCAAUGUUAAGAUGUCUUAGCACAGCAUUCAAGGGCAGAAUGGCACAUUUGUUCUCCCAGUGGGUGCAGGAACGUUUCCUCUUAGCAUUUCUAUGUCCCCUGUCCUUUCUGAGGCAUGGUGGACUGUCCUUUAAAUGCACCUCCUGUGACAUCAUGCCUGUGGCCUCGGGUCCAGGGGAUAGUGUGUCUUGGAUUCAAUAUGUCCUGACUUACCCCAUUUUGUGGGUAAGUUCAAUAGGUUUACUGUGACUUAUUUUUAAAAUUUCUCAUGACAUAUAUACACAACAAGAAUAUGUCACAUAAAGAAAAUGUAUUUAGAAUACCUGUUUUCUAUUGGAUGCAUGUUAUUUUCCUAGGUAAAAUUGCCAAGGGGACUUGGAAGUCCAAAAAAGGAAAAAUAAUUUCAAUUAAUGCUGGUGAUGUUAUAGUAUUUUGUAAAAUGAUCAUCUUCCCACCUGGUCUGGUCAAUUUUGUACAAUUUGGUACUGCCGUUUACAAACGUAUUAUUCUUUCUAACUUUUACUGAGCUGAAAGCACAGAGAAGAGUUUAAAGAAAAUCUGGAAGCAGUUGUUAGUGUUGGAAAGAAUAUAAAAAUUGAAUCCACCUUUUGAUGUGUGUGUGUUCUCUGAAUUUGCCUGAGUGCUGGCAAGGACUUUGUUUACAGUCACUCUAUUCGUGUCUGCAGGGGUCGUCAGUCCUCGUCAAAGCUGAGGCCAAUAAAAAUCUGUCUUUGCCCUCA